AGUGCCCCGAGACUGCCAGAUCAAGUGAAGUCACGAGUGACGUCAUUAGAAGACCAGCCGGUGGCGGCGACGAAGGCUUCGGGGACCCGGGAUGACUCUGCUGUUCGUCUCAAGUGGGGCCGCGGCAGUCAGUCUCCGGGGCUACACUUUCAUCAUGCCAGUUGUUUCUGUCGGCAAUGUUGGCCAGUUAGCAGUAGAUCUGAUAAUAUCUACACUCAACCUGCCACGGGUUGGUUAUAUUCAUACUGAUUGCCUUGUUCCAGUGGUGGGAAACAAUCCAUAUGCAACAACAAUGGAAAAUUCCUCAGAAAUGUGCACCAGCUCUGAGGUUUAUGCUUCAGGAGAGCAGAAGUUGGCGGUCCUCCAGAUUCGGUCACCAAUUGUUCGGGGAAAACAACGCACGUUUCGACAGCAGCUCCUUUCCUGGAUUAAAGAAAGUGAAUUCAGUAGGGUUAUACUCUUGUCCAGCAGCUAUGCACAUCACCGUGUUGACCAGCAGCUCAUUGGCACUCCACUACGAUAUUUGGCAACUCCUGCUCUGCAGAGCAUUGUGGGAGACAAAUUCCAGACCCUCAAAUGGAAAGAAAUGGAAAAGGUACCAGCUUUCCCAAGAAUCAGUGAGGUGGAAAUGGAGCUCUGUAUCCCAGGAGGAGGAAUAACAAAAUCACUCUAUGCUGACAGUUGCACUGAAGGAGUUCCACUGGCAGUGUUGCUCAUUUUCUGUUCUGAAGGGGAUAAUAUUCCAGAUGCUUUGAAUCUUCUCAGCUUCCUGAAUGAGUGGGUCCAGUUAAUAGAAAAAACAAGUGAUCGGCAAUCCAUGACUCAGCCACAGUGGAAGUUUCCAAGUUCUUGGCAAUUACUGUUUGGCAGUGGCAUCCCACCCGCUCUCUUCUGAUCUCACAGAUUAAAAAAGUUGAAUGUGGAUUGUCCUUUAAAAUGGUGUGGAGUUUUCAGGACAAAAGACUAAAUUAUUUAUUGAGUACUUCUCAGCAGAAGUCUGCUGCUAUAUUUAGAAGCUUACAUGAACAGAUAAAGUAAAGGGAUGAUAUUCACUAAAUGCUCAGUUACUUGCAAAUGUGUAACAAGAGGAGUUUUCAGAAGUACUUACCAUUGUUGCUGUGUACUUUUGUAUUAAUUUGUUCUGUUGCCUUGGUCUGUGAUUUUAAAAAUAAAAUAUUUUUGAUGCCAAAGA